CCUCACACCCUGAGUUAUAAACUCCGGAGAGCUCACCUCUUGAAUCAUUGAGACUCCGAGGGUAACACUAGCUGAGAGAGUCGGAACCAGACAGCAGGAUGGACUCAGAGCACGAGCACGAGUGCGGAAUUUGUUACCGGACCUACAACGCAGGUCGCCGGUGUCCCAGGGAGCUCCACUGCAAGCACAGUUUCUGUGAGAGCUGCCUGCUGGCCCUUUCACGACCCCUGGGAGCCGACAGGCUCAUCGUCUGCCCGCUGUGCCGACACCACACGUCCAUCUCCGGGGAGGGGAGGAAGGUCAGAGCCGAGCUGAGGGUGGACGAGUGCAUCCUGGAGCGGCUUCUAGUCUCGGGAGUCCUCGACCGACAGGAGGAGGAGGAGGAGGAGGACGACCCGGACGACCGUCCUGACGACAACGAGGAGCCGGCGCCUCCCGAGACUCCAGCCGAGGAGAGAGACUUCUCCAUGGGCUCCAGAGGCGAGAGGCUACGGCGGUCUUGUCGGAAAGUUUGCCGGUUGAUUAGUGGGAAGGGCUCAUGGCGGAGGGGCGGAGAAAUCUAUAUGAACAACGAUGACUUGAGGAACUUCGCCAUGAUGGCCUGCUACAUGUUUUAAAGAGUCCACAACUUCAGAUACCCAGACUAAUGUGAUACUUUAUUUAUGUGCAAUGGUUCUCCUUUGCAACAUUGACUUGUGAUGAUUAUGAUGGUGAUGCAACCAUGCUGGCGAGACACAUUCCGCAUUGAUUUGUCAGCUUUUCCACUUUCUGAUUGCAUGUUUAAAUGAUGACCACUAUGUAGCUGUUGCACUCAAAUGAGAACAAAAUGGAAAACUUGUGAAUUGCCAAUGCACUGAUUUUUUUAUAUUUAUUUUUAUGAAUGUAUUUAAUUUGUAAAUAUUGUUACAUAUUUAAGGAAAAAUAAAUGAGUUCUGGUUUCAACUCAA